AUGGCAGCAGAAGAACCACAACCACCUCGCACAGCCAAGGAAUUAAAGUCAACUAUAAAAAUCCAACCAGCUGUAGGAAUCCCUGGGGUUCUAGCUGGGCCAAAGCCCCAUGUUGAUUCACCCUUUGUACAACAUUUAAUAACUACAGGUAAACCAAAUUGGAAGCUAGCCACACCAGAAAUGAAAACUAAAUAUCGUGCUUAUCAAAAGAUCCUAAUUGGUAUUCCUGUAUUGUUUAUCUGUUCUUAUGUGUUGGUUAGACGUUUGAAUGGUGAAUCUACUAAACAAAUGCAAAAGGGUGAGAUCGCUGAAGAUGGUACUCUUAUUUAUUGGGACGAGAACAAGAUUAUGGAAGUUGAAAGGAAUACUUGGUCUUAUAAACUAUUCGGACCUGAUUACUUCCAAGAGGGUCGUACUAGCAGAACCAUAGGGAAACCUCUUGCAAUCAAACCCGAUGAUGAUGAUUAG